GAACUCGAUUCCACCUUUAAAUAGCGAGAGACGAAUCAGGGGAAAGUGAGAAGAAAAUCGAAGCAGAUAUGGGCAGCACCCCGAACGAUUUCUCUGUCAUCAUUCUCCCUUCCGAAUGCGGUAUUGAUUCGCGGCCACUUUUGGCGGAUAAAGGCAAGGACAAGGAGUCUGAAGAGGCUGAAAAUUGGCACGAUUGCGUUCAAAACCUUUCAUCUGAUGAGGAUUUCUCCGAUCUCGAUCUCUUGCAGUUUGUCCGUCUCGAGGGCUCCGAUAAGGCUGGGAAUCGCAUCCUCCGCGUCGUCGGGAAGUACUAUCCAGCUGUGGUUGUAAGUGGAGAGCGGCUGAAGAAAUAUAUCCUCCAUAAAUUUCAGAACGAAUUGUCAGAGGGUCCAUUUUGCGUUGUGUACUUUCAUACAACCGCCCAGAAGGACGAUAAUUGUCCUGGCUUAACCAUCUUGAGGUGGAUUUAUGAAGAACUUCCGUCUGAUUACAAGGAUAGACUUCAAACUCUCUACUUUGUACAUCCUGGUCUCCGUUCAAGGCUUGUCUUGGCGACUCUAGGCCGGUUUUUCCUCAGUGGCAGUUUGUACUGGAAAAUCAAGUAUGUGAGCCGCCUUCAAUAUCUUUCAGACGAUAUAAAGAAGGGUGAGGUUGAAAUUCCUGAUUUUGUGAAAAGUCACGAUGAAGUUCUUGAACACAGACCAUUGACAGAUUACGGCAUUGAACCUGAUUCUCUCAAUGUCACAGGGGCACCUUAUUCUGCCCACUCCUUUGGGAGAUAUGAGGAGAGAUGGACGUCAAGGCAGUACAUGAUGUAGUAAGCCUGGUUAAAGAAGUUGUGUUUGAUCUCAGGCAACUCCAAGGCUUAUGGGCAAUUAACAUGAGCCAUGGCUAAACAAUAAAAAGUUUGUACAUGUGUUGUGUAGCUUGUAUUAGUAACUUCUCUAGUGUUGCUUGCAAACUGAAUGGGAUGUUAUUUCUGAUUGCCUGCCAAUGUUAGAUGCUCAUUUAUUUUCUCCUUA